CGCGAGCCAGUCGGGAGCGCGCGAGGCGCGGGGAGCCUGGGACCCGGAGCGAGAGCUGCAUACCUGCAGCCGCCGCCCACGGCACGGCAGCCACCAUGGCGCUCCUGCUGCGCUUCUUGCUCCUGUGCGGAAUCGUGGGUUUCACUAGAAGUUUGAGUAUCACUACUCCUGAACAGAUGAUUGAAAAAGCCAAAGGGGAAACUGCCUAUCUGCCAUGCAAAUUUACGCUUAGUCCCGAAGACCAGGGACCGCUGGACAUCGAGUGGCUGAUAUCACCAGCUGAUAAUCAGAAGGUGGAUCAAGUGAUUAUUUUAUAUUCUGGAGACAAAAUUUAUGAUGACUACUAUCCAGAUCUGAAAGGACGAGUACAUUUUACGAGUAAUGAUCUCAAAUCUGGUGAUGCAUCAAUAAAUGUAACGAAUUUACAGCUGUCAGAUAUUGGCACGUAUCAGUGCAAAGUGAAAAAAGCUCCUGGUGUUGCAAAUAAGAAGAUUCAGCUGGUAGUUCUUGUUAAGCCUUCAGGUACAAGAUGUUACGUUGAUGGAUCAGAAGAAAUUGGAAGUGACUUUAAGCUCAAAUGUGAACCAAAAGAAGGUUCACUUCCAUUACAGUAUGAGUGGCAAAAAUUGUCUGACUCACAGAAAAUGCCCACUUCGUGGUUAGCAGAAAUGACGUUAUCUGUUAUAUCUGUAAAAAAUGCCUCUUCUGAGUACUCUGGGACAUACAGCUGUACAGUCAGAAACAGAGUGGGCUCCGAUCAGUGCCUGUUGCGCCUAAACGUUGUCCCUCCUUCAAAUAAAGCUGGACUAAUUGCAGGAGCCAUUAUAGGAACUUUGCUUGCUCUAGUGCUCAUUGGUCUUAUCAUCUUUUGCUGUCAUAAAAAGCGCAGAGAAGAAAAAUAUGAAAAGGAAGUUCAUCAUGAUAUCAGGGAAGAUGUGCCGCCUCCAAAGAGCCGUACGUCCACUGCCAGAAGCUACAUAGGCAGUAAUCAUUCGUCCCUGGGAUCCAUGUCUCCUUCCAACAUGGAAGGAUAUUCCAAGACUCAGUAUAACCAAGUACCAAGUGAAGACUUUGAACGCACGCCUCAGAGUCCGACUCUCCCACCUGCUAAGGUAGCUGCCCCUAAUCUAAGUCGAAUGGGCGCGAUUCCUGUGAUGAUUCCAGCACAGAGCAAGGAUGGGUCUAUAGUAUAGAGCCUCCAUGUGUCUCCUCUGUGCUCUCCAUGUUCCUUUCCUUUUUUUGAUAUGUGAAAACCUAUUCUGGUCUAAAUUUUGUUACUAGCCUCAAAAUAUAUCAAAAAAUAACUUAAUCAGGAACUGUAAGGAAUAUAUUUUUUAAAAUUUUUGUUUGAUUAUAUUGAAAUAGUUACAGGUAUUAAAGUUAGUAAAGACAAGUUUACCAUCUGAAAAAGCUGGAUUUUCUUUAAGAGGUUGAUUAUAAAGGUUUCUAAAUUUAUCAGUACCUAAGUAAGAUGUAGCACUUUGAAUAUGAAAUCAUAGGUGAAGAAAUUGGUGAACUUACUUGCAUACCAAGUUGAUACUUGAAUAACCAUCUGAAAGUGGUACUUGAUAAUUUUUACCAUUAUUUUUAGGAUGUGUAUCUCAUUUAUUUAUGGCCCACCAGUUUCCCCCACAUUAGUGCAGAAACAUCCAUGACAAAAUUACUUAUGUAUGUUUGUACUUGUUUUUAUAGCUCCUUUGAAAACUCUGUGCUUGGAAUAUCUCUAAAAACAUAGAAAACACUACAGUGGUUUAGAAAUUACUAAUUUUACUUCUAAGUCAUUCAUAAACCUUGUCUAUGAAAUGACUUCUUAAAUAUUUAGUUGAUAGACUGCUACAGGUAAUAGGGACUUAGCAAGCUCUUUUAUAUGCUAAAGGAGCAUCUAUCAGAUUAAGUUAGAACAUUUGCUGUCAGCCACAUAUUGAGAUGACAGACACUAGGUGCAAUGGCAGGGGUAGAUUUUGUUGGUGAAUAGUCUCAUGCCUUGAGAUCUGUGGUGGUCUUCAAAAUGGCGGCCAGCCAGACCAAGGAUGUAGUAUUUCAUAGUUCCCAACUAAAUACUGGCUUUCCACUUUAGGUGAUAUUUUUCUUAUUAGAAAAAUAUUAUAACUCAUUUAUUGUUUGACAAUUAUAGAUUGAAAUUUCCUAAUUUAUUCUAAAUUUUAAGUGGUUCUUCGAUUUCAGUGCUUUAUGUUGUUUGUUGUUUUUGGAUGGUGUUACAUGUUAUAUGUUCUAGAAACAUGUAAUCCCAAAUUUACCCUCUUGAAUAUAAUCCCUGGAUGAUAUUUUUAUCAUAAAUGCAGAAUAAUCAAAUACAUUUUAAGCAAGUAAGUGUCCUCCAUCAAUUCUGUAUUCCAGACUUGGGAGGAUGUACAGUUGCUGUUGUGUGACCAAACAUGUCUCUGUGUAUUUCCAGCAAAUCAGGCUGAGCUUCAAAAACGUUUGAGUCUUAGUUUUGUGAAAGUGAUUUAUUCUUAAAAAAA